AUGCAGCUCCAGUCCAAAAGGAUAAUCGUUACCGGUGGUGCCCAGGGCAUCGGCGAAGCCAUAGUUCGCGCAUAUGCUGCGGAAGGAGCGACCGUAACUUCCGUCGAUGUGAACGAUCAACUCGGACUGGUUGUCGCCCAGGAAGUGACCUCCGAGGGACUAGGCACAGUCACGUAUGCCCAUCUAGACAUCAGUGACCGUACGCAAGUCUACGCAGUCUUCAAAGAGGCCGCCGCGAAAAUGGGCGGGCUCGACGUCCUCGUGAACAAUGCUGGUAUACACAGGCAUGUACCCGCUCAUGAUGUAUCGCCAGAUGUCCUCGAGCGCAUAUUCAAAGUCAACGUAUUCGGCACCAUCUACACCAAUGAUGCUGCGUAUGCGAUCAUGCGUGAACAGGGCGGUGGCGCCAUCAUUAACUUCGGGUCAGAAGCGGGAUUGACGUCCGAGGUGAAUAAUGCUGUAUAUGGAUCUUCAAAGGGCGCAGUGCAUACUUGGACGCGCAGUGUGGCCCGAGAGUGGGGUCCGGCUGGCGUACGGGUCAACGCUGUUCUUCCAUAUGUCGUGACUCCAAUGUACAAACAGUAUAUCGAGGCAAUGGUGCCCGAACAACGGGCCGCGCACGAUAAGUUGUUAAAGGAACAGUUCCCAUUGGGCUCGAUAGGAGAUACGGCAAAAGACCUUGCGCCGGUCAUGGUAUUUUUGGCGAGCGAUGCAUCGCAUUUCAUGACGGGACAGCUUUUCCCUGUCGAUGGAGGAUAUGCUUCAGUUCGGUGA